CCGUCUCGCACUUGCGCCGUAGCGACCGGAAGCACACUCCGCAGUGGAUGUCGGGUUGUGGCUCAAAUUGUCCCGCCUCCUCCGCCCCCGUCCCGGGAUGUCGGAAGAAACCCGACAGAAGAAAUUGGCCGCGGCCAAGAAAAAGUUGAGAGAAUUUCAGAAGAAAAACAACCUUGGUGUUCCUUCAGGAGCAAAGAAGAAAAAGAAAAGUAAAAAUGGCAGUGAGACAACCACUUCUGAUGGUUGUCACUCGCCUGAGGAGAUUCAGGACAUUCUGAAGGUGCUGGUGUCCGACCUUAACCGCUCCAAUGGGGUUGCGCUGCCCCCAUUGGACAAGUGGAAGGGGCCCAAAGACCGUGCCGCUCCUGCAGCACCACCUGCUGAUGACACCAUGUCCCCUGACGGUGUCGUUUACCAAUGUGCUAGUCCCCCCCGUGUCACUAGCAUGGCAUCAACUCAGAACUAUGAUGCUGAAAAUGGUCCUAGUCCUCUGGAAGAAAGCACAUUUUCAUCUACCGAGGGCCUGCGUCAGCUUUCGCAGCAACUCAAUGGUCUUGUUGCCGAGUCUGCGUCCUUCGUCAACGGGGAGGGCCGAGCAUCUCCUGCUGAUGUAAAGGUUCUGGAGAGCCGGUUCCAAGAGCUAGCUGGAGCCCUGGAGUCCAGCACACUAGGAAAUAAACAACUCAGUAGCAAGAUAGAGGAAUUGGAAAAACAGAACCGGGAAACUCUGGAUCAACUAGAAAAAGAGAAGGAGGAAUGUGAGCAAAUGAUUGCGAAUGAAAAAGGGGCUCUAAGAAAACAGCUGCAGGUUCAUAUCCAGACGAUAGGGAUACUAGUGUCUGAGAAGUCAGAAUUACAGACAGCCCUGUACCAUACUCAGCACGCAGUCAGGCAGAGAGAAGGAAUGGCGGAGGAGUUUGCUGGUCGCCUGCAGUCUUCCCAGCAGCGCGUCAAAGAGCUGGAGCGGAUGCUGUCCACCUUGUCCUCGCAGCAGAAACAGGCGAACAGGCAAAAGGACGAAUUAACCAAAGACCGGGACACCCUCACGGUGGAACUUGUGAAGAGAAACCAUACCAUUGAUGACCUAAAGCAGCAGAAAUCAGAACUGGAGGAGAAGCUUCGGGUCUUGAUGACCGAGAAGUCGGCCAUGCAGACUGGGACAGAGGAGCUGCAAAAGAAGCUGGAGAUGUCAGAGCUCCUACUGCAACAGUUUUCUAGUCCUUCUGAAACCCCUGGUGAUGGCAGGCAGCAGUUACUGGAGCAGGCCCUGGAGGAGCGAGCACAGCUGGAGAUAUAUGUGGGGCAGCUGCAGGAUUCGCUAAAGCAACUGCAGAUGGAGAGAGACCAGUAUGCAGAGAAUCUAAAAGAAGAGAACGACAUUUGGUACCGAAGAAUGCAACAGAUGACAGAGCAGAUGCGCAAGUUAGGUGAGGAGAAGGAGCACAGCAUGAAUCAGGUGCGGGAGCUGGAGGCCAGCUUGGCUGAACUGAGGAACCAGAUAGCUGUCCCCCCACCCCAGGACCCCCCAGCAGGGCCCUCAGAGAUGGAACAACAGCUUCAAGCUGAGGCAGAACAGCUACGAAAGGAACUGGAGAGCCUGGCAGGGCAGUUGCAGGCCCAGGUACAAGACAACGAGGGUCUGAGUCGCCUGAAUCGGGAGCAGGAGCAGCGGCUGCUGGAGCUAGAGCGGGCAGCCGAGAGCUGGGGGCAGCAGACCGAACAGCACAAGCAGAUCCUGGAGAACAUGCAGAGUGACCGCGUCACCAUCAGCCGAGCACUAUCCCAGAACCGCGAGCUCAAGGAGCAGCUGGCCGAGCUGCAGAACGGCUUCGUCAGGCUGAGCAAUGAGAAUAUGGAGAUUACCAGCGCGCUGCAGUCAGAGCAGCACACCAAGAACGAGCUGGCCAAGAAGCUGGGCCAGCUGCAGGAGAAGCUGGGGGAGCUGAAGGAGACGGUGGAACUGAAGAGCCAAGAGGCCCAGAGUCUGCAGCAGCAGCGGGACCAGUACCUGAGCCACCUGCAGCAGCACGUGGCCGCCUGUCAGCAGCUGGCAGCGGAGAAAGAGAUGCUGCACAAGCAGGUCCUGCUGCAGACCCAUCUCAUCGACCAACUGCAGCAGGAGGAAAGUCAGGGCAAGGCGCAGGCCGACAUGGUCCGCCAGGAGCUGCAGGAGGCCCAGGGGCACCUGAAAGCUGCCAACCAGCAGAAUCAGAAGCUGCAGGCCCAGCUGAGCCUGAUGGCUCUGCCUGGGGAAGGAGCCGGACUGGACAGUGAGGAGGAGGACGGGGAGGCUCCCCAGCCAAAGCUGAGCAUACCAGAGGACCUGGAUAGCCCAGAGGCCAUGGUGGCAUUUUUAAACUCGGCCUUAGCCAGUGCUCAGGAAGAGCAGGCACAGCUGCGCGGGCAGCUGAAGGAGCAAAAGCUGCGCUGCCGGCGCCUGGCUCAGGUGGUAGCCCCGUCCCAGCACGAGCUGGAGGAGGCCCCAGGCCCCAGCACUGGGGGGGAAAGCGUGCCUGUGGAGACCCACCAGACCCUCCAGGUGGCCAUGGACAAACUGCAGAGCCGCUUUACGGAGCUCAUGCAGGAGAAGGUGGAUCUGAAGGAGCGGGUAGAGGAACUGGAGCAUCGCUGCAUCCAGCUGUCCGGGGAAACAGACACCAUUGGAGAGUACAUCGCCCUUUACCAGAGUCAAAGAGCCGUGCUGAAGCAGCGGCACCGCGAGAAGGAGGAGUACAUUAGUCGGCUGGCUCAGGACAAAGAGGAAAUGAAGGUGAAGCUCCUGGAGCUGCAGGAACUGGUGUUACGCCUGGUGGACGAGCGUAAUGAAUGGUAUGGCAAGUUCCUGGCGGCUGCCCAGAACCCUGCUAGCGAGCCCACUGCAGCGCCCCCAGCCGCCCAGGAGAGUGGUGCUGCUGACAGCCAGGAUGAUCUUCGCGAGGUAAGCCUCGCUGACAGUGGGGAGCCUAUCCAGGGAGAGGCCCUGCAGGGCUUAGCUACCCCUGAGAACCCCACCGCGCAGCAGAUCAUGCAGUUGCUACGAGAGAUCCAGAACCCCCAGGAGCGCCCAGGCUUGGGCAAUAACCCCUGCAUCCCCUUCUUCUACCGGGCCGACGACCACGACGAGGUGAAGAUCAUGGUGGUCUAAUAGCCCAGCACUAGCAGACAAAACUGGACCGUCUCCUCCCCAUCCUGUCACCCCUUUGAUCCUUAGACUAGCAAGAUAGGACCCCUGAGAAAGGGGUAUGAUGAGAUACACACCUACGGCUCCCUUGGCCCCUUGGCCAGGGCUGUCUUAAUCUCUGGGCUGUUACUAGUUUCAGAAAAACGAAGAGCCAGAGUUAGUUUAUUUAGGAGGCUUCUCCUCACCCCCACCAAGCAGUCCUUCAGAGGGGCUCAUGCAUCCUCUACUCAGAGGCACUUUGGGGCAUAAGUGCCCCCCUCGCCCAGUUAGACAGCUGGGCAGCACUCUCAUAGGCCUGGGGACAGUUGGGGCUCACCAAGGUCGGGCACGGGCAUAGCUGGUGGUGGGGUGGGCUCCCUCCCUCAGUGUAUAUAUUAUAUCUAUGUAACAUUUUGUAUAUUCUGGGAGUAGGGCAGCCCCCUAUAUCAUAACGGAGGUCGGAGCUGGCAAAUGGGGAGCAGUUUCUAUUAAUUAAAUAUUGGGGGGUGAGGGGAAACUUAUUUAUUGAUAGUAUAGGACAGAUGGAGACAGGGACGGGGGUUAUGCCCGGGUGAUUUGACUCCUGUUUUUUGCUUUUUAUUUCGGAAUAAAUGGAUUUAGCCAUA